AUGCAGAAUGUGGCAAGGGAAGAGCCACAAAAUAAGACGGAUACGGAGAACCAAGCUGUUAACCAAGUAGGGGAAUUGAUGCCUGUCAUGGGACUAGUUUCCCUCUCUGAUUUUGAAGGUGCGCAAGAGUUAGUGCCCCUGCAAAAAAUCCAGGAAAUUUUCUCAGAUGAAGAAAUACUGAAAGAAAAUAGUGAAAGAGCCAUUGCGGAACCUUUUGUCAAUAAGCAGUGUAUGGUUCGGAUUCAGAAUAGAUUGGAGUUUGGGGGAUGUAUUUCUAAUGAGGAGGCUGGGGGAAAAUUAUGGGUGCUGUGGAACACCAAGGUAAAGGUUACUGUUCAAUCCAUCAAGGGUCAAAGCAUCUCGCUGAUGGUCGAAGAGAAGAAUAAACAAAUCCUCACAUCUUUUGUUUAUGCUAAAUGUUCAUAUCUGGACCGUAGAAGACUUUGGGAGGAUUUGAGCUUGUUGAGUACCGGAAUCACACCUUGGAUCAUUAUGGGAGAUUUUAACAUUAUCCGUAAUAAUGAUGAGAGGAUUGGAGGAAGACCCAGACCGACCAUUGCUAUGAGGGAAUUCAAUGAUUUUAUUGAUGCGGUGGGGAUGAUUGAAACAAAGUUUGAAGGAAACAAGAUGUCGUGGUGUAAUGGGCAGCAAGUAAGAGCUCGUAGCUGGGCAAGACUGGAUUGUUCUUUCAUUAACUCGAAACUAAUGCUGGAAUUUCCAGGUUUGGUGAUGACCUAUUUGCUUAGACAAAACUCAGACCAUUCCCCGCUAGUGGUGGCCAUGGAGAAAAAUGAUCAACCGUAUGGGUUCAGCCCUUUCAAAUUCCAGAAUAUGUGGACCUCUCAUGAGCUAUUCCAUGACUGUGUGCGAGGUGUUUGGCGUAAGGAUCAGGUCGGACAGGGAAUGGCUAAGUUGGCAAAUAAAUUAAAGGCUGUAAAAGGGGUGCUGAGAAGAUGGAACAAAGAGGUUUUUGGUUGGACUAACUCUCAUAUUCAGGGGCUUGAGGAACGGAUAUGUGGCUUGGAAGAAAAACUUCAGAUGGGAUUUUCUGAAGAUGUUGAACUGGACCUGUUAGCAUCGAAGGCUGAGCUGCAUGCAUGGGAGAGUAGGGAGGAAACGAGGCUCGCCCAACAAGCUAAGCAAAGAUGGCUUGAGAAGGGGGAGGGUAAUGCCCAAUUCUUCCGUGCUCUGUCUUCUAGAACCCAUAGGGUGGUAAGGGAGAUGGAAAUAGAAUCCCAUUUAAGACUUGCUCCUGAUUUGACUAGUUUAGUUGACCUUGUGGUGAGUCCAGCGGAAAAUCUGAAUAUUCUGGAGCUUCCUUCAAUCCAAGAGAUAAAAGAUGCCAUCUUCUCCAUCCCCAUUGAUAGUAGUCCGAGGCCAGAUGGUUUUGGCUCAGGCUUCUUUAAAUCCUGUUGGGAGAUCUUUGCUGAAGAUGUUGUCGCUACUGUCCAUGACUUCUUUAGAGGUAAUCCAAUCCCAAAAUUUUUCUCUUCUUCUUUUUUGGUGUUGAUUCCAAAGAUUGAAAAUCCAAAAAGCUUUGACAAGUUUCGCCCCAUAAGCCUCUGUUCAGUUUUUUAUAAAACUUGUUCAAAGCUCUUAGUGGGUCGGUUAGCACCACUGCUACCUCGCAUUGUCUCCCAAGAACAAGGAGCUUUUAUUCAGGGUAGAAGCAUCUUGGAGAAUAUUAGCUUGACGCAAGAGAUGGUUCAGUCCAUUAAUAAAAAAGCAAGAGGUGGAAAUGUAGUUCUUAAAAUCGACAUGGCUAAGGCAUAUGACUCUGUUGCCUGGAAAUUCCUCAUUCAAGUCUUGGCAGCCUUUGGUUUCUCUGAACCGGUCUGUUGCCUUGUUUGGCAAUGCAUAUCCUCCCUGUGGUAUUCAGUGGUUAUGAAUGCCACUUCAAAAGGUUUUUUCCAAGGGGGCUGUGGACUGAGAUAG